AUGGGCCCUCUGCACCACCAUCUGUUUGCCUUCCGGCAAGGCAGGGGGACACGGGACUGCGUAUCUACCCUCCUUUCAACCAUCCUCGAUAGGACGGCGGUAGUCGUGUUCCUCGACCUAGAAAAAGCCUUUGAGCUGGCAUCGGCGCCUGCCAUUCUCUCGAUCCUGGCGGAGAAAGGUGUCCGGGGCCGCCUUUUAGCCUGGAUAGGGCACUACCUCAUGGGUCGACAGGCCGCAGUGCGGUAUCAGGGAUGUACUUCUGCUAUUGAGACCCUGGAAAACGGUACGCCACAGGGUGGAGUGCUGAGCCCCGUUCUCUUUAACCUGCUGGUCGAGAAACUGGCGGCCCUCCCGACCAGCAGAUAUUGCAAAGUGCUUUGCUAUGCUGAUGACGUGGCCAUGGUGGCUACGGGACCACAUCCUGUGGCCAGCGCUCGCCUUCUCCUCCGCCGCCUAGCAGAGGCUUGUGCUUCCCUCGGCCUCGUCGUCAACAGGGAAAAGACCAAGGCAAUGCUGUUCCGGCAGAGACGUUCCCCCGAACCUCUCCUGCUUGGCGGCGAGCCGUUACCGUGGGUGUCCUCAUAUAAGUACCUGGGUAUGACCAUCGACUCACGGCUGUCGUUUGUGCCUUACAUCGCCUCUCUCCGUGCGAGGGUGAAGAGCCGCACCAACAUCAUGCGCGCCCUGGCACGGACGGAGGGCGGUGCGAGCGGCAGGGUGCUAAGGCGCUUUUAUGUCCAGGCGGUGCGGUCCUGUGUGGACUAUGGGUCGCCAUGCCUCCUCACAGUUAGCACCGCUGCACUCGAACCGCUUGAGGUGGCCCAGAACGCGGCCCUCCGCCACAUUCUCGGGGCCCCGCGCUGGACAAAAUGCGUGUGCCUCAGAGCGGAGGCCCGAUUGCCCUCCAUCUCCACCAGGAUCACCCAGCUUUCCAUCAGCCACCUUAUUAAGCUGCUCCGCCUCCGGGGGUCUGAGUCACUCCGUGACUCCGUGGGGCAGGCCCUCCUACAAGACCCACACCUUUUCCGACGGAGGUUGUGGGCGGCGGUAGCAGCCGCUAAGCUCAGGCCACAUGCCCUGGCGCGUGCCUCCAUCGCGACGCCUGACGCGCCCCACCCGACAUAUGUGGCUCCCCCGCCUUGGGCUCUCCGGCCCUUCACCGCCACCAUCAAGCCCCUGCCAUCAAAAAAGGCCUGUUUGUCUGUGGAGCGGCUGGAACGGGAAGCCGCGGCACGGGUGGAGGAUGCCUCGCACCUUCGGGCUGCUCAUUACUACACCGACGGCUCUGUCGCCCAACACUCCGGGGCCGUCGGUGCAGCGUUUGUCACGGCGGGGCACACAGAGCUCAUUCGGGUGUCUGAUGGCUCCUCAUCGACACAGGCGGAGCUUGUUGCCAUCAGCUGGGCCCUGAAACACGCUGAGGAGGAGGGCGUGGGGGCUGUCGUCCUCCACUGCGACUCGGUGCCGGCCAUCCAGUCCCUCCUUGCCGAACCCGCUACCGACAACAUCUCCCUCCUUACCGGCAUCCACGCCCGGAUGCAAGGACUGCAGAGGGAGGGGCGGGUCAUUCACUUCAACUGGGUGCCCAGCCAUGCCGGAGUUCCAGGGAACGAGGCUGCGGACCGUGCUGCUGCGGAGGCCACCCUGCUCCCUGUGGUGAGGCACGGGCUAUCACCCAGCGGCUCCCAAGUCAAACGGGGCGCAGCUAUGCACGCCUCAGCCGAGAGAAGGAGGGAGCUAGAGGAGGCAGUGGCUGCGGGCUCGCCAUCAGCCCAUUGGUAUUCCGCAGCCACUGACUUUGGUCAACGAGCGAUACCGAUGCCCCUCCCACGACGGACGGAGACCAGCCUCCGCCGCCUGCGUCUUGGGUACAAGUGUUUCUCGACACUUGAUCCUGAAGAUCCAGUACCAGUCGACUGCUCGCAUUGUGGGGAGGAGGUUCUCCAACCACUCCUCCACUACCUCCUCGAGUGUGAAUGCACUCAGCAAUUCCUUCCCAACCCGGAGGGGUUGCCUGCCCCUAGCCUUAUCGGGUACCUGAGUGACGACCAGCUGCUGCGCCUCGUUGAGGAGUGUGCCCCGCCCCGAUAA